UGCAAACCCGCGUCAGGCCAGAGGCCCCCACCAGCUGGUGGCUCUGCUCGGUGCAGCAGAGGCCAGCGCCGCGACAGGAAACUCGCGGUUUACUUUUUAAAAUAGAGAAAUCUGUGAAGGAAACGCGGAUUGGUUUUCUUCCCGGGUCUGCAACCCGUUCUUCGCACCUUUCAUCGCCCCGGUGGAUUUACUUGCUGAUGACUCUUUUCCAAGGGGUGUCACCAGAGCCCCCGGAUUAGGUGCCUGUGUGACACUGCGGCCUUUCUGUCCACAAACUCGAUGACAAUAGCCACCUCGGUGCUUCAUGCAACCAGACUUUCCAGAAACCUCCGAGCCGCCAGACGCCGCUCCAGGCACUGAGGUGCCCUGGCGCAUAAGCCAGCCCCGAACCUCCAUCCGCCUGGAGUGACGCUGUAGCGGGAAGAGAAGGACCAGUAGGAAACCGUGGGAACACACACCGCACAGCCGAAAGGGGCGUGAAGACAUGAGGUCAUACCCGGGCUGGUACAUCAUUGUAAAAGACAGAGAGAGACACAGAAUCCGAAGCAGGCUCCAGGCUCCGAGCUGUCAGCACAGAGCCCGAUGUAGGGCUCGAACCCACCAACCAAGAGAUCAUGGCCUGAGCCGAAGCCGGACGCUUCACCGACGGAGCCCCCCGGGCGCCCCUAAUUCACACAUUUAAUACCACUCCAGAAAAUAGAAGAGAAAAACAAAAUUUCCACAUGAAAGAUUCGUGGUCAGUUUUAGAGGUGUGGGGAGAUCUCUGGAGGAGGGAGCUCUGGAGCAGCGACCCUAUGCCAGGCCUGGGCUCAUGUGCCACUGAGAGUGGGGCCCUGGGACGCCACCCUCACCACACAGUCAGUGACCACAGGCCCCCUCUGCACCUGCUAGGCAUCACGCAGCAUCCCCUUCCCGCGGUGUGUCUGCGUCCACACGUCUGCACACGCUGUCGUCCCGGCUAGACUUGUGUCACCGGCACUGUCCUUACCACCCAUUCUCCUGGAUGGGAGGCAAGCCCAUCCCCCCACGGGGAGUCGCUGAGCCCAGAGCAGUGGGGCCACGGAGAAGGGUGGGGAUCCCAGAGCCCCGCCACCGGGGCCUGUGUCCUGCCUCACCUAGAGUAUGGCUGGGGCGAGUUCCUCCCGCCCUGGGCCGAAGUGCCCCCCGCUGUAAAGUAAGGGCCCUCUCAGUUCCCAUCUCACAGGGCACUUAGGGUUGGACGACAACAUUUAUAGCAUGCCAGGGACCACAUGCCAGCUCUGGGAUCAUUAAACCAAGAAGAAUACCCCCUGCCCCCAUAUGCACCUCUCUGCCCCAAGGUCUUCAGCGCCCUGUGGCACACAGGACACACUCGCAGGGCCUGCCGGAGCAGCUGUAGGUCAGGUCCUCCUUUGGCAAGCGGGAUAGCGGUGGCCGCGUCACAGAGUGGCCAUGAGGAACGGCACCACGACAGCGCAGACGAGUGGCUGGUCACCAAGGAAGCAGCCCCCCCACACCAGCCCGCCCGCGUCUCCCGCGGGGUUCUGCGGUCUCCCUGCGCCACUCGCUGCCCUCCCGGGCUUGCCCGUCGGGGGACAUCUGUGCCUGGCGUCACCCCGCCCCGACUCCGGCCUCCGCUGGGGGCCCCGCCAUCACCGCCGACCUGGGCCUGUUACCCCGCGGCUCUUCCUAAUCCCCGUGGCCUUUCCUCCACCGUUCAAGAUGGCGCUUGGGCUCCACAACCCAGCGAACGGGGCCAAGGGCACAGGGCAAAUGAGCGUGUAUCCUUCCGAGGAGGUGGCCUUGGGCCUAGCUGAAGAUGGGGCUUCUACCCCGGAGGACAAGGCGGGCGAGCGAGCACUGGGAAACGACUCUGCCGCAGGUAAAGAAAACCCCGGAAAUGCCCCAUGGUUCACCCUUGGCAGCUUUCAAAACUGCUGGAAAAAUCCAGAGAGUUUCCAAGAAGCCGCCAGGGGAGCUCACAACCUGCCCGGAUCUCUGGCGGCCGCCUGUGAGCUUUUCUCUCCGACCCCCCCUUUGCAGGUGGACUGGAGGGUCCCUGUGUGUCCGGCCAGGCGCCCAUGGAAAGGCCCCACCUGCGAGGCCCUGGAGGCCUUCUAUCUUCAAAAAACAAAGUAAUUCACUUUUAAUGACCGCCAGUGUUUUCCUUCCCAGUUCUCUUUGAGCAGAUAAUGUGUCUGAGGCCUUCCCGACAGGGUUAAACCACCGUGACCUUCAUAAUCAGAGAACAGAAAUAAAUUAUAUUUACUCAUAAAUGUUACUCACUCUCCAGUGCCAGCUGCCCCCUAAUCACAGGCGGUGUGACACGAUUUUGCUUGUACCAGGCCCCACACUCACAGGUGACAAAGUGCUGUAUUUUCCCGCCCAGCAGGCUGGGAGCCCUCGGGCUGGCCAGGCGUUUCCCGAGGACAGUCCCCGGCCUGGCGGGCACACGUGGUGCCCCUGAGACCCCGGAGCCUUCCGACUGGCCGAAGGGAGGGUGAGCGGGGACCAGAGGCCCCGCAGGGCCCCCUAGGAUCCAGGCACCACGUGGGGACCGGAGACCCUCUGACCACCAUCAGAUCUGUCAAUGGCCUCGCUCCUGACACGGUCCCUCCAGGCCCCCGUCCUCUGGUGGGGCAGUGGGGGGAUGACCCACCACGGACUCUCACCCGAGAUGGCCGCCAAACACACACGUCUCCUCACGACGAGUGGCCGCUGCUAUUUGGCUAGAUGGUUCCCAGGCGCUCGGUCGGGCGGCCCUGGCACCGCGGUGACCCGGCCGGGCA